AUGGUUUUCAACCCGCCGGUGUUGAAGCAGGACGCGGACGAUGCCGAGAAGCCGGUGAAGGUGACGGUGUCGCCGGCGAGGUCGGGAGACGCCUACAUCGAGCAGGCCAAGCGAGCUGCUGCGUGGAUCGGAUUGCUGCUCUUAUGCUGGCUGUUCCAGAGACUCAUGUGCCACUUCAACCUGCCUCCUCACUGCGACCUGCCGUCAGACGCCCUUGAGGUCCUCACGGACUUGUUGGCGCUCUUAGUUUUCGGAUUAACACAGGCAUGGUUCUGCGAGGUGUUGGAGGAGAGGAGAUUCCGCCACCUCACCCGGGAGGCGUACUUCGGCAUCGUCAUCAUCGUCAUCGGCCUGAUUGUGUCCGCCAUCGAAACGACGGACUGGUUCCAAGACAUGCGGUUCAACGACAACAGCGACUGGAGAGACUCACACAUCGUGAUGGCCGUAGUGCUCAUCACGUUCGUGCUGGUGAUCGUGGCGUACCACUUUGCCGAGGCGUGGAGGACAUUGCCGGGCGCAUACUACGUCUCCGGUAACAUCAACCUCGACAUCGUCAUCGAGGAGAACCUCCACCGAAUAUACAAUGUCAGCCGCGGCCUCAUCGUGUCCUACGCCCUCCUGUACGGAGCCUUUGCGUUCGAAGAGGGAGACGGGCUUAAGCAGCACUACGUCCUUCUCGCCUGGGUGCUCUCGCUGACGGCACAGUUCAAGAGCAAGCCCAGCAUUAUCUGGCUCGCCCUGUGCACGGGCGUGUUCAUCCAGGGCUUCGGGUCCUACCGAUUGAGGUUCCUCUGCGAGGUGUUCGGCAACUACGGCAACGGCUUCGGGGUCCCCGGAAGCGGCUUCGGAUCUUCUGACAGCGGCGACAACAACUUCAUUCUCGAGAGCUCAGACAGCGUAGACAGCACAGACGACAGCGCCAGCUUUGACGAGGAGUCGGAUGACUGAUCUUUUCUAGCGACGGCCUGGCUGACUAAUCCUCGAACCGGAUAGAGGCAAGGUGGCGGACGAUGGAAUGGCGCGGACCCUGGAAAAUAGAGAAAAUCAGGCCACGGCUGGGAGAGGAAGAUUCACGCCAUGCCGGUGGCGAAGGCGACCUCAUCAUCGGGAUAGUCUGUGGCGCGUUUCUUCUGACGGUUUGGAGUGUCGUUCAAGCGCUCGCCCGGGAGGGAUAAUAUUCGCGAUAUCCGGGAAUGUGUCGGAUCGAAUGAAGGGUGAAAUGUGGCCAGCCCGACGGGUUUGGUAGGAAGGGGGGAUUGGUUGGUUUGACGUGAGACAACCAAAGAUCCACUGCCGAAUGGUUGAGCGCGGUGUAAGUUGGAUCGGGGACGAAUUAUUUGCGUGUUUUUUUUUUUUUUCUGUACCACGGGAGGGCACCGCUCUUGCCUGUCUGGUGCACUGCUGGUGUGGCCACCUAAAUAAGAAUCCUUAGAGCUUGGGGGUGGUCUCUCUUCAAGUGUUGCACUUUUUUUUUUUUUUGUAUUUUGUGGCGAAGUAGCGGGCGUGGUCGGGGCACCCCCUCCUUCCGGGUGGCGCAUACUUUUCGUUGUUGCUGUUGCAGCUGCCAGCGAGAACCAUCGUUGGUUGUUCGGAUUGUCAAUUGCAGGGAGGGAGGGAUAACAGAGCGAAGUUUAGUAUGCCUGGCGUUAGCUGGUUGGAAGGCGGGGGAGGGG